AAAGGGGAGGCGGAAGCGGAAACAGGAGAAGAAGAAGACGAAGAGCAAACUUUGGUGGAUUAAACACCUUUCUCCUUCAGAUCAGCUGCUUUAACGAAACGAUGACCCGGCACGGGAAGAACUGCACGGCAGGAGCUGUCUACACGUACCACGAGAAGAAGAAGGACACAGCGGCGUCUGGUUACGGGACUCAGAGCAUUCGAUUGGGAAAAGACGCCAUCAAAGACUUUGACUGCUGCUGCCUGUCCCUGCAGCCCUGUCAGAAUCCUGUGGUCACUCCAGAUGGAUACCUCUAUGAGAAACAGGCGAUUCUUGAAUACAUCCUGCAUCAGAAGACAGAAAUCGCCAAAAAGAUGAAGGCCUAUGAGAAGCAGAAACAGGCACAGAAGAGCAGCAGUCAGCUGGAGUCCAAGUCAGAGGAGAGAGAGAGGGUGGAGAGGUUUAAGACCAGGGAGAACAGCAUCGUGUCCAAACCCAUCAACCCGUUCACAUCAGGUCAGAACAAAGGAGGAGAGAAGGUCAGGACUGACAACAGCUCAGCAGAACCCUCCUCCUCCUCCUCCUCCUCCUCCUCUUCUUCCUCCUCCUCUUCCUCUUCCUCCUCCUCCUCCUCCUCCUCUGCUACUUCAGCCUCCACCUCCAGCCAGGGUCUGCCCAGUUUCUGGAUUCCCUCUCUGACGCCGGAGGCCAAACCCACCCUGCUUAAGAAACCAGCUGUGUUGUGUCCCAUGUCAGGACGACCCAUCAAGAUGAAUGAACUCAUCACAGUGCGCUUCACCCCCCUGGACCCGAGCCUGGACCGAGUGGCCCUGCUCACCCGCCAGGACAGGUAUGUGUGCGCAGUAACCAGAGACAUCCUGGCCAACAGUGUCCCCUGUGCUGUGCUGCGACCCUCGGGGACUGUGGUGACUCAGGAGUGUGUGGAGAAGCUGAUCAAGAAGGACAUGAUGGAUCCUGUGUCGGGAGACAAACUGUCAGACAGAGACAUCAUUCCACUGCAGAGGGGUGGAACCGGCUUCGCUGCCUCCGGGGUGGACCUCAGGGCGAAAGAGGCUCGUCCAGUGAUGCAGGUGUGAACGGAGGAGGAUCUGACUGCAGUGUCGUCACAGCGAUCUUUGUACUUCCUCAUUAUAAACAGCUGGUAUAUUUUUGUAACUCCUCCCUCCACACUAUGAUGUUGCUGUGUACUUUCCCUGUUCCCGUUCCUGACUGUUUUUUUUUUUUUUUUUUUAAAUUCAACCAGAGGUUAAUAAAUGAGUUAUGUUGAUACAGCUCCCUCCUCAAUGACAUUUGUAAACAGCUGAUCUUGUCUUCACUGCCUCUGUCCAUGUAAGACAGAGCCGUUCAGCCUCAGUCUGAGCUGCUGUCAGUCACAGAUCUUCAUCUUAAAGGGCCAGAGUGAUGAUCUUCAUCAUCAUAUGUUUCCAUUAGUUUAGAAUAUAUCUACAUGGGGAGCAGGUCCUCCUCCACAAACCUGCCAUGUUGCUACAGGAGCCCAGAACAGACAAACCAAACAGUAGGUGUGUUUCCAUUAACCGGCUUCAUGAGUAAUUUGAAAUCUGGAACUUAAAAACCAGUGAUUGAAACGUGUAUUUCAAAGAAACUCCAGUGUUGCAAAACAAAUUUAUACGCUCGCAUUUAGGUGGUUUUUCAGACUAUUGAAAAAAACAAUAUUUCACACAUUGAAAUAGAAACACUUUUUUUCACAUUCAAGCCAUGUGCUGGACAUCUGUUGUCACGUUUAAUUAGAAUGAUAUGAGAGGAGAAAACAGCUUCAUUCACUUAACAUCACUCAGUGGAAA